AUGCCCUUGGACGGAAUAGAAACUGGAGUAGAGAGGAAGUUGUCUGACAUACGCAUUGAGCAAGGAAAUUCCCAAAAGGAUCUAAGUAAAUGCAGAAAACCAAGGAGAGGUGUUCGAAAGGAAUACCCCAGUACACUUUUUCCAUCUAAUAACACACCUACUGAUGGUAGUUUACCAUUCUUGUCAACUGCUGCAAGAGCAGAAAAUCGGCGAGUAUCGAGCAGAAAGAUAUCCACGUCAAUGUAUCCCACGACUCCUUUGAGAUCGGAGUCUAAUAAUCUGAAAUCAAGAUCUACCGUGAAGCAGGACGUUGAUAAAAGGAUAUUCAGCUGCCCCAUGUCUGAGAAAGCUCAAAAGACGUCUUUUAUGAGUGCUACUUCAUCGUCUUUGCAGAAACAGCAAAAUUCGUAUAGCAUGGGCUCAUCUCCUACACCAAACAUGACUCAAAAAAGAAUAAAUUCAUCAACGCUGAGGAGGUUAGAGUAUGCACGUCAAUUGAACCAGCGACGCACUUCUAAAUGGACCGACUACUCUUCAUUCUCUGUGCCGUCAGAUAUAACGAACCUCAACUAUGAUUUGAUAGACUCAAGGUCACUCUAUGAAUUGGAUCAACAUGAAGUUGACUCUCCUUCUAAAUUAAAGGUUACCAGAUAUGAAAAUAAUGGCGAAAAAAACAAAGAAAAUAGUGCAACCGAUUUUCCUGGAUACGAGAUGCGUGAAAGGGACCCUUCAAACGUGUCUUCUAAGAUAUGCGACAUAUAUGGUCUAUUUGAAAUGAUAUACAAGAAAGACAUGGGCCUAUUCAAAACCAGUGGCUAUGAUAAAGAAUUUGAGGAAGUAGCUUCCUUAGAUCCGCAGAGCUUGAUGAACCUGGAGAAUGUCUCCGAUAGCUCGUUGAAUAUCUACGAGAGAGGUGAAAUUUUACGAAAAAAUGACUUAUACUUCGUCUCUGAGAGAUCAAACACGAAUAAGAACGUCAAUAUUAAAAAUUAUAGUGAUAAUUUUGGAUUUGAUGACAAAAUGGGCAAUUAUGUUAUCGUUCCACACGAUCACAUAAAUUUUCGUUACGAAAUAGAGGAUAUAAUGGGUAACGGUUCGUUUGGGAAUGUUGUUAAGUGCCUCGACCACAAGUAUCAUAAUAAGAAGCACAAGAAGAACUUGAAAACAGUUGCCAUCAAAAUUAUCAAAAAUGACUUGAACUGGUCUUUGCAGGCAGUUUCGGAGAUUAAAUUAUUGAAACAGUUUCAUGAAAAGGCUGGUGAAAACAAUUUAGUGUUGCAUUAUAUUGACCACUUUCAUUUUAGAGGGCAUACUUGCAUUGUAACGGAACUUCUCUCGUUGAAUUUGUAUACCCUUCUAGAGAUGACUAAUUUUCAAGGGUUAUCAUUGGAAAUUAUUAAGCCAUUUGCAAAAAAAAUUUUAGAGGGAAUACAGUUUAUUCAUAUGAAUGGUGUAAUUCACUGUGAUAUCAAGCCUGAAAAUAUAAUGAUAAAGCUACCUCAUGAAUUUAACUUGGCAAAAGAAGUCAAAGAGGAAGACUUGGUCAUAAAAAUUAUAGACUUUGGCUCAUCAUGCUAUCGUAAUGAGAUCUCAUAUACGUAUAUCCAAUCACGCUAUUAUAGAGCUCCUGAGGUUGUUCUUGGAGCGAGGUAUAAUGAGAAGAUAGAUAUUUGGUCUUUUGGAUGUGUCAUAGCUGAACUUGCAACUGGUAAACCUUUACUUGCUGGAAAGAAUGAAUUGGAACAUAUCGGUUUGAUGUUGGAACUUUUUGGAGCUCCAAAAAGUUCUCUAAUUUUACGACUCCGAAAGACACUAACCAUGCAACGCAAGUCCCCUAGUACGUUCUCAUUCGAAGAGUCUAUUUCUCGGUCUCAAUUUUCGAAAAUAGAUGAAAAAUCAAUCAAAAGGACGUUAUUAUUCACGCUCUUUGAUAUUAAUGGUAUGAUAAAUUUACAUUUCUUGAACUAUCGCAUAUCAAGAUCAAUUUCUUCCUCAGGAUUAAAAAGACAAUUCAAGCCAAACUCAAAAUCUUUGGAAUUCCAUUUGAAAUUAGACAAAGCGGAGAAAUCGCUUCCCGUGUUUCGGUCUUUCUUGAGCUUUUUAGACAAAGCAUUAAAAUGGGAUCCGUGCGAGCGCUUUACAGUUGAUGACCUCUUGAAAGAAAAAUUUUUAAGUUAG